UUGUUUCUCGCGAUAUUUUGUGCUUUCAUUGAUUUGAAAUAUGGCGUCGGAAGGAGAGGCGGCCAGCGCUGCAGUAAAUGAGCAGGAGGCUGGAGAGGGAGAUGCUGCAUUUGGAGAACUACCCACCAGUAUGGAUACGGAGUCUUCAAAUGGCAAAGAGGGGAUGGAGACGGGCGGUGAAGGCUCCGAAGCCGCUGAUGCUCUGACGGGAUCAGGAGACGAGGAGAGUGGGAGGCAGCUGGGGGAGGUGGAGCUUCAGUGUGCCUUGUGUAUGAAGUGGUUCACCGCUGACACGUUUGGCAUUGACACUGCGACUUGUCUUCCCUUUAUGACCAAUUAUGUGUUUCACUGCAACAUGUGCCAUCACAGUGGCAACACAUACUUCCUCAGGAAACAAGCAAACCUGAAGGAGAUGUGUCUCACAGCCCUGGCAAACCUGACAUGGAGGUCCAGAACACAAGAGGAGCACCCAAAGACCAUGUUCUCCAAGGACAAGGAUAUCAUACCAUUCAUUGACAAGUACUGGGAGUGCAUGACAACUCGUCAGAGGCCGGGGAAGCUCACCUGGCCCAACAACAUAGUGAAGACAAUGAGUAAAGAGCGCGACGUUUUCCUAGUGAAGGAACACCCGGACCCGGGAAGCAAAGACCUAGAGGAGGAGUACCCCAAAUUCGGUCUGCUGGAUCAGGACCUGGGAAACAUUGGGCCCUCAUAUGACACACAGAAACAGAGUACUGCUACGCCUACGGCUGGUGGGCUCAAUGGUGGAUCUGCUUUCUCAGGUGCUUUGGCUCCUGGCCCAGGAAAAGGACGAGGGGCCAAACGUAAACAGCAGCAGCAACAGGAAGGCACCACUGCUGGAGCCACCAAGAGAACCCGAAGCGACCCCCUGUUCUCGGCCCAGCGCCUGCCUCCCCACGGUUACCCGCUGGAACAUCCCUUUAAUAAAGACGGGUACCGUUACAUCCUGGCAGAGCCAGACCCUCACGCCCCAGACCCGGAAAAGCUCGAGCUGGACUGCUGGGCCGGCAAACCCAUCCCUGGAGACCUGUACAGGGCCUGUCUGUAUGAGAGGGUGCUGCUGGCCUUACACGACAGAGCGCCUCAGCUGAAGAUCUCCGACGACCGUCUGACGGUAACCGGGGAGAAGGGUUACUCCAUGGUGCGAGCCUCCCACGGCGUGCGGAAGGGCUCCUGGUACUUUGAGGUCUCUGUUGAUGACAUGCCUCCAGAGACAGCGGCCAGACUCGGCUGGUCUCAGCCGCUCGGUAACCUGCAGGCACCUCUGGGCUACGACAAGUUCAGCUACUCAUGGCGCAGUAAGAAGGGCACACGGUUUCACCAGUCCAUAGGAAAGCAUUAUUCCUCAGGCUACGGUCAAGGAGACACGCUGGGCUUCUUCAUAGAGCUGCCUGAUGGCACAGAGACGGCCAAGGCUCUGCCUGACACUUACAAAGACAAGGCGCUGAUUAAGUUCAAGAGCUAUCUGUACUUUGAGGAGAAGGACUACGUGGACAAAGCAGAGAAAAGCCUGAAGUUCAUGAGCUCCAGCAGGAUGAUUUUCUACAAAAACGGAGUGAACCAAGGUGUUGCCUUUGAAAACCUGUUUGAAGGCAUCUACUUUCCUGCCAUCUCACUCUACAAGAGCUGCACGGUUUCAGUCAAUUUUGGGCCACAUUUCAGAUACCCCCCGAAGGACGUCAAGUAUCAGCCGAUGAGUGACAUGGGGUGGGGCGCCGUGAUCGAACACACGCUGGCUGAUAUGCUGUACCACGUGGAGACGGAGGUGGAGGGACGACGCAGCCCUCCAUGGGAAGGAUGAGCACAGGAGGAAUUUGGAUUGCACACCCCCCCAGUUAAAACGUAGUUCCACCUUCGGACUGUAAAAUGAAAUCAACGCACACAGCUGUAAAAUGUUUGUC